ACUCAACAAUAAAAAAGAAAGAACUAUGGAUAGACACACAAGCUGGCUGAACCUCCAGAGAAUGAUGCUGAGCCACAAAAGAUGAUCCCUCAAGGGUAUAUACUGCGUGGUGCCACUUAUAUAACAAUCUUGAAAAGAAAGAUGGGCAUGAUUAUAACCAGGCAACAAGAGGGAUCUUUGUGGUAACUGGACUGUUGUGUAUCUCACCUGUGGUGGUAGACACGCAGACCUGCAUGUGAUAAAAUUACAUAGAAAUACACACACACGCAAGUAAAACUGGGGAAAUCUGAGUAAGAGUAGCUAAUUGUAUUAAUGUCAGUAUCCUGGAGGUGUGAUAGACAAUGGUUUUAUAGGAUGUUCCCACUGGGGGAAACUGGGUGAAGGGUACAUGUGACCUCUCUGCAUUAUUUCCUAUGUGAAUCUACAAUAAUCUCAAAAUACAAAGUUUAAUUGAAAACAAAGGGGCUGGGUUAGAGGCUAUCUGAGAUCCUCUCUGUCAUAGGACCUCAGGUUCAAGGUCAGGGCUGUGUCCCGCAGCAUGAGGUCGGACCUAGUUCAGUAAAUGUGGUUGAGUGAUACCUGCGUCGAUGUGCAGCUCCAGCUGUAAUGUGGUGUGUUGCCUCCCUGCCCUGCCUCCGCCCUAACCUGCCUCCCCGCCUCCUUCUCAUCCCUCUUGGCAGGCCAAGUGCAGGAACAUGGAGCACGCGCUGCGGGAGAAAGCCAAGGCCUUCUGGGCCAUGCGGCGCUCCUAUGAGGCCAUUGCCAAGCACAAUCAGGUGGAGGCUACCUGGCUGGAAGGGCGGAUCCGGCAGGAGUUCGACAAACUCCGCGAGUUCCUGAGGGUGGAGGAGCAGGCCAUCCUGGACGCCAUGGCCGAGGAGGCCAGGCAGAAGCAGCUUCUGGCCGAGGAGAAGAUGAAGCAGCUCGCGGAGGACACCGAGGCUCUGGCGCACGAGAUCGAGCGCCUGCAGAUGGAGAUGAAGGAGGAUGACGUCUCUUUUCUCAUGAAACAUAAGAGCCGAAAACGCCGCCUCUUCUGCACGAUGGAGCCGGAGCCCGUGCAGCCCGGCAUGCUCAUCGACGUCUGCAAGUACCUGGACUCCCUGCAGUACCGCGUCUGGAGGAAGAUGGUCAUGUGUGUCGAAUCUGUGCCUUUCAGCUUUGAUCCCAACACCGCGGCCGGCUGGCUCUCCGUGUCCGAGGACCUCACCAGCGUCACCAACCACGGCUACCGGGUGCAGGUGGAGAACCCGGAGCGCUUCUCGUCGGCGCCCUGCCUGCUGGGCUCCUGCGUCCUGUCGCAGGGCUCGCACGCCUGGGAGGUGGACCUGGGGACGCUGCCGAGCUGGCGCGUGGGGGUGGUGCGCACACGCCAGGACGCGGGCGCCGAGGGCCACUCGCACAGCUGCUACCACGACACGCGCUCGGGCUUCUGGUACGUGUGCCGCACGCAGGGCGUGGAUGGGGACCACUGCGUGACGUCAGACCCCGCCACGCCGCCUCUGGUCCCCGCCAUUCCGCGCCGCCUGCGCGUGGAGCUGGAGUGCGAGGAGGGCGAGCUGUCCUUCUACGACGCAGAGCGCCACUGUCACCUGUACACCUUCCAUGCCCGCUUCGGAGAGGUGCGGCCCUACUUCUACCUGGGCGGCUCGCGGGGAGACGGGCCUCCGGAGCCACUGCGCAUUUGCCCCCUGCACAUCACGGUCAAGGAGGAGCUGGAUGGCUGAGGCUCGCCCCAGCCUGCCUGAUGCUGCCUACCCGGGUCCCGUGCCUCCGUCCCGUUUUCUUUCUGUCCCUUCCCAAAGCCACACUCACCUUGGUACCUCUCUACUGCCUGUCUUCUUGCCAGGAUCUUCCUACUGACCUGUCCUCUCUUUUCCCUGGCUCUGGGCCACCCUCCUCCCUUCCUCCCUCAUCUUUGGUCCCUUCUCCACCCACACUUGAAAAUCAUCCAGGAGGUGCCUCCCUGGUCAGGCUCUUUCCAAAAUUGUGGCCUCCUCUGGAUGUGCAUUUUCUGAUCCAAAUUUUAAGGUCUCUGGGGAUAACGUUUGCUUCUAGAGUGAGUCUGUUAUAUAAAUGUAGGUUUUAUCAUUUUCCAAGUGUGGUGAGGCCAGCAGACCAGGAGAGGACUGCUGGUGAAAUGAGUUUGUUACUUAGAGUUCCCAGGAAGAGGGACCUUUCUGUGGGGCGGCCACCUGGGGAAGCACCAGAGUCCUCAGGGGGCGGCAGCAGGAGUGAGGGGAAAGUGUAGGCGGAAGACUUAUUGUGGUUUUUAUGGGAGGGAACAGGCCAGACAGGGUACGGGGCAGGUGGGUUGAUGAUCAGCGAGUUGGAACACUUUUGACAGGCCCUGGGGCAUAGCGGCUGCCCCUUGUUGUCUGAUACGUGGCCCAGGGAUGAUGGGGACAGGGGGAUACUGGCCCGGAGUGUAAGAGCCUGGUAAAGGAGGUGGUUGGGGUAAAGCUCUGCACGUAAAAGGUUGGCUGAAUUCGAGAGGUGU